UUUGGAGAAUGAAGUUUCAGUUGGAUGGUUUGAAUGUCUAUUUUCCUUAUGCUCAUGUAUAUCCAGAACAAUUAUCUUAUAUGAAUCAACUGAAAAAGGCUUUGGAUGCCAAAGGACAUGCCGUAUUAGAGAUGCCUUCGGGCACCGGUAAAACGAUCACUCUCUUAUCCCUGUUAACAUCUUACCUACUUCAAACCCAACCAUCUGUACGUAAAAUUAUUUAUUGUACCAGAACAGUGGAAGAAAUGGAAAAAGUGAUGGAAGAAGCCAACAUAUUGUAUCAUUGUUUACAACAAGAGAAAGAAGUGGUCGAUGGCUGGUUCUUAUGUAUAGGUUUAGCUUCAAGGAAACACUUGUGUUUAAAUGAACAAGUGGUUUCUUGUGGAGAAGGUUUUCUGGUGGAUGGUCGUUGUCGUUCUUUAACUGCUUCUUGGAUAAGAGAGAAAGCAAAGAAUGAUCCGACUAUUCCAAAAUGCAAUUAUAUGAUGACGUUGUGGUGCAACCAAAAACAGGUGGAUGAAAUGAUCAUUCCUUGUGGUGUAUAUUCCUUACAAGACUUGAGACGUUGGGGUGAACAAAAUGGUUGUUGUCCUUAUUUCUAUUCACGAAGACUGUUAGCGUUUGCCAACUUGAUCGUUUAUUCUUAUCAUUAUUUGUUGGAUCCCAAGUAUCGUGUCGAGGUAUCUCAACUCGUAUCACGAGAAUUGCCACAGGAUGCUAUUGUCGUAUUUGAUGAAGCUCAUAAUAUCGACAAUGUUUGUAUUGAAGCAUUAUCAGUUUGGGUGAAUAGAAAUACUAUCGAUGAUGCGAACAAUGCAGCAAUGCAAUUGGCUCAUCGAGUUGUUCAUGCCAAAGGACAAAGUUUAGCCAUGUUACAACAAGAAUACCAAAACUUGACUCGUGGUCAAACCAUUCACCAUGGAUUGACUUCUUCUACGCUAUCUGUAAAUUGGAGUGAAUGGGAAAUGGCUCAACCAAGUAUUCAUGACGUUCAUCAAACUUUGGAAGAAACCGUUCCUCCUAGUAUUCGGAAAGCCGAACAUUUCAUCGCAUAUUUGCAAUCUUUGAUCGCCUAUAUUAAAAACUUGUUGAAUCGUCCAGAAGCUUUGGAAAUGACGCAUAACCAAUUUCUUCAAGAUUUUAGUAAGGAAUGUCCUGUCGAAGUCAAAAGUUUCCGUUUCACCUCGGAUCGCCUAUCAUCAUUACUGAGAACCCUGGAAAUCGGUGAUUGGUCACGCUUUCGUUCCUUGGCUUCCGUUGCUGAAAUGAUUACCAUCGCUUCUACCUAUUCCAGUGGUUUUGCUAUCAUCUUAGAACCUUUUGAAACCAAGACCCAUAUAUGGUCACCUGUUUUACAACUCGCUUGUUUGGAUGCUAGUUUAGCUAUGAUGCCCGUAACGCGCAAGUUUCGAAAUGUAAUCAUCACCUCCGGAACUUUGAGUCCGUUGGAUUUUUAUCCUAGGAUGUUGAAUUUUCGUGCUGCGAUAACCGCAAGUUUCAAUAUGUCCCUCAAUAGAAGGUGUGUGUUACCUUUGAUCAUAGGAAUGGGAGAAAACAGAGUUUUGUUGACUUCAAAAUUCAACCAACGAGGCGAACUGCAAGUACCCAAAAGUUAUGGUAGAAUAUUGAUCGAAAUCAGUAAACUUGUUCCAGAUGGUAUCGUCGGUUUCUUUCCCAGUUAUGAAUACAUGGAGCUUGCUUUGGAUGUGUGGAAAGAAAACAAUGUGUUGGAUGAACUUCAAGCUAUGAAAUUGUUGUUUAUAGAAACUAGCGAUGGUGCAGAAUCUUCCCUUGCGUUGCGUAAUUUUCGAACUGCUUGUGAUAUCGGCCGAGGAGCCAUAUUCCUUUCAGUAGCAAGAGGAAAAGCUGCUGAAGGUAUUGAUUUCGAUCAUCAUUAUGGCCGAUGUGUUUUGCUCUUUGGAAUGCCCUUUCAGUAUACAGAAUCCAGAGAACUAAAAGCAAGAUUGAGGUACCUUAGAGAAAGAUUUCAAAUUAUGGAAAAUGAUUUUUUGGUUUUUGAUGCAAUGAGACAAGCAGCACAGUGUGCAGGUAGAGUGAUUCGUAACAAGUCAGAUUACGGAAUAAUGGUGUUCGCAGAUCGUCGUUAUGCAAGAUACGACAAACUUACCAAAUUACCACGGUGGAUUUUGCAGUUCUUGAGUGAAGACCAGAUUUACAUAGAUAUUGAUACCGCCCUCACUAAGAUAAAGCAGUUUCUGCUUGAAAUGGCAAAUCAAGCUUUGAUAAUUUGACAGAUCGGUUGGCAAAUACCACGGAAAAGUCCUGUUUUCUUUAGCAGAAUAUUUUAAAAACUUAUGCGACUUUUACAGGUUAGAAAAGAAAAGCUAAUGAUUUGUGAAUAGAUUGUUUUUAAAUCAAAAUUAAUUUUUUUUAAUUGAAUCGCAUCGCUCGAUUUGGGCAGCACAAAGGAGUAAAAUUUCGUCUUAGAAAUUUAAUUUUUUUUA